CACUCCUCAUCCCCUCUGCUCUCUGUGGAAGCACAUUGUUCAACGCGGGCUCAUUUUACCCAGAACCAAUGAAUGCAUUGGUGCAUUUUAGCCACUGAAAAUUAAACACUUUAUCGGAACACAAUACGGUGCAGAUAUCCGAAGACGGCGGGAAGCGGACCAAGAACAUUUUGUUUCCUAGUGCUUACAGCUGAGAGGCAACAGAGUUGAAAGAUUUUUCUUCUUCUUCUCCGGCAGACGAAACGUCGCUCUUGUCGCUAAUUAGACCUCUGCUUGUUCAGCGGUGUGUGUGGUGAGCAACAGCGGCAAAGAUGACGGAGUACAAGCUGGUGGUGGUGGGAGCUGGAGGCGUGGGCAAGAGUGCACUCACCAUUCAGCUCAUCCAGAACCACUUUGUGGAUGAAUAUGACCCCACCAUAGAGGACUCGUACAGGAAACAGGUCGUGAUUGAUGGGGAGACCUGCCUGCUAGACAUCCUGGACACUGCAGGUCAAGAGGAGUACAGCGCCAUGAGGGAUCAGUACAUGAGGACAGGAGAGGGUUUCCUCUGUGUCUUCGCCAUCAAUAACACUAAGUCUUUCGAGGACAUUCACCAGUACAGAGAACAGAUUAAACGUGUAAAGGACUCAGACGAUGUUCCCAUGGUGCUUGUGGGCAACAAAUGUGACCUCCCGGCACGCACGGUGGACACAAGGCAAGCCCAGGAACUUGCCCGCUCCUAUGGUAUCCCUUACAUCGAGACCUCUGCCAAAACACGACAGGGAGUGGAGGACGCCUUCUACACACUGGUUAGGGAGAUCAGACAGCAUAAGCUUAGGAAGCUGAACCCACCGGAUGAAAGUGGUCAAGACUGUAUGAGCUGUCGCUGUGUGGUAUCGUGAUGCAGCUGACGUUUGCACGUUGAGGAGAAACGCUACAGCGCGUAGUGGCAGCAUGGACUUAAAGAUAGAACGAUAAAAACAACUCAAUGAUGAAAUAUAAACUUUUUCAAAAAGAGGAUGAUUGAAGCAAAAGCUCUCAAGGAAACCACCAGAGCUGACUGAACCAUAGACCUUCAUGGAAAGGAGGAUUUUGGACUGUUGCCCAAGUGGCUACCUGAACUGGCCCGGUCCGGUCCCGUUUUUUUGGUCCACACGUCGACCUGUGAGCAACUCCACUAAUGACUCUUUGUCAACUCCAGUGUGGUCUCGCUGGGUAGCUCAACAAAGUUUCCUGCUAACUUAUUGUUUUCAGUCUCAACACUGGUCUUAAAGGGGGUGUCUCGGACCCCCUCCCACCUUGAAAGCCUAAUUCCACUCCCCCCCGCCUGCCCACUGGAAGGACUGACCGUCUUAAAAAGGAAAGGACUGGAAUGGACGUUUAGUUGCCCCAAACACCUCUCACACAAACACCCCCCUCUCCAUCUUGCUCUACCUGCCUUUUGGUUUGCCUCGAACGGCUGUGUAGUCCCCUCAUCAUUACUGGAUCCAGGGGGUGGAGGCUGACAUGGGAGUGACUUUAAUUUGUUGUUGUUUAACAGUUAGCCUCGCUGUACAAAAUCCUUUGAUUUUGUUUUUGAUAAUGGAACAUUUUAUUUGUGAUUUGCAGAAUCUGAAAGUCACAGAGCAAUAUGUGAGCAGAUCGCACCUGGUUUGACAUUUUUCACGGCCUGUAGUUGGAAUUCCUUUUGGGAUAGAAAUGUUGGACGGAGAGUAUAAAGAUGGGUGAAUUUUCCAGAAUGCAGCUGCCUUCUCUCUUUACAGGCGUUUUCUUUGCUACAGUAAGAGUUGUCUUUGUGGAAUAAUAAUAGUAAUGGCUAGUGUACGUAGGUUCUGGUGCAAUAGGAUUCUUCACUGUCCAAUUUACACAAAGUAUUGGGAAUAAACCACCUGUCAUUGCUACUUGUUUUACUUUGGUUUAGGACGGAGAGGGUGCUGUGCAUGACGAUGUAGUUGUUGUCUCUCCAGUCGCUGAAGCUGGAGAGGUUGCCUGUAGAAUAGGAGGAGAGCCCUGUACUUGUAGAGUUACACAAUGACAGGUUAUGGUUUUAAACAAAAUGACAACCAGUUGAUUUCUCUUGCGUUGCAUUUCAGUAGCUGUACGCUGUACAACUCUUAUUUACGACAUGGUGAUCACAGCUAUUUUCACACCGCAAGAGUCAUUCUUUGUGGAUUUUAAGGCUCAGGAAUCAGGGUCCAGGAACGUCUCACCCGACAGUCCCGGAAACCAGAGUUAAGGAUGUCACCGGUUAGCUUUGCAGAGCGUAACGCACAAGUCCUGCCUCAGAGUCGAACUUGAGUUUUUCCACACACACCUCACUAUCCUCAAACUGCUCCUCUCUCUCUCUUUCUCUCUGCCACCUCAGCUCUACAAUGGAACAAUAACAGUUCAGGUGCUAAUCACGUCAGAACCAUAGUUACUGUAUAUGUGGGACUAUUGUGUGUGACAGGUGAUGGAUACCGGGUUAUGGGAGUGCGUCGCUUUUUGUUUCUUAAUACUGUCUCGCUUGUGCUCGCCACAACUUCCAUUAAUUUGCUGCCUAAAAUGAAAAAGACUGCUCCGUGUUUACUUUGCCUUAUCUGUUAGCUAGUGUGUAUGUACCUCAUGUGUGCAGCGAGCUCUACCUGAGAUGAUUACGUGUUCUGUUGGCUGCAUUGUUUUGUUUAUGUUUGAUUAUGUGUGCAACUAAAAAAACAAACAUAGAAGUGUGUUGAAUUUAGACAUGCGCUGUAUAGAAUUUGAAAGACAAGGCACGCCUCUGAAAACACUACACUGAUUUUUUUAAAGGUGUCUGUAAUGGCAUUUGCAUCUGAUUGUGAUUCUCUAACAGGACGAUAAAAAAAAAGACAGUUUUAAGAUCCCAGUAUGAGCGACGUCUUGUUCUCAUGAAGUGUCAUUCCUAUUACAUCGGAACAUGUGGUAGUGAUUGCUAGAAAUUGUUACUUUAAGUCCAAAUUAUACUUGAACGAUUCAGAGAAUCGGUCAUGUAUGAUUAUGUUCGGAGUUCCACACACUACAGGCAGGUUUUGACAACAAGCUUCAGAUGCAAACCUCAAAGACCUCUUCCAUGAAAGACGUCAAAUGUUAUUUUUGCCUUUGUCUCCUCUUGUCAAGGGAAACAAACCCUUUAUUUCUGACCUGAUUUUGUACAGUAGAAAUGACUCUUUUUCACUCAUAACAUGGCUUAAAGAAUCGGUUUAGUUACUGCGUGGAUGAUAGUGGUCAGUUAAGUGUUCAUCUCUCUGCUCGGAGGAAGGAUAAGAACUGUGAAUGUGUUUGAGUCUUUAGAUAUUGUCUGAAAGAAGCCUCGUGUUUAAGAUUUACAUUUAAAAUAAUGCAGCAGAUGAUUUUCGGUCCCAUUUUGGCUGUGUUGUUGCUAACUUUCAUUUUUCACCUAUUGUACUCAAACCUUUAAACGUGGGGGAAAAGGAGUGUGGCAUUUGUUACCUGUAAUUACAGUCCUGAUAGUACGCUUGUCCUCUCCCUGUCUUUAAACCGUACAUCCAUGAUUAUAAUAAUAAUAAUAAUACAUAGAAUUCCACAAAUCUGUGCGUUCAAAUUCCCGUUUCAUUCGAUAUAUCGGCGUCAUGUUGCCACAGGGACACUCCAGCCAGCAAAACCACAAGUAUACAUGUCAGAAAAAAAACCUGGCGAGCAUGACAAAGACUGUACGUAACGGACCACUGGGAGUUUUGCACAAGGAUACAGUGGGCUCAAGGGCUUGUUUCUCCCUAGCAAACUGUGGAUGGAGGUUUGGAAGGAAUUUGUGAAAAUGUCAACUGUUUAGCUAUUUAAGAUGUAUUUACUCUUUGAAAAUGUGGCAAAUGUAUUGCGGGACAGGAAUAAAGAUGUCAAGAUGAAA